AUGUUGGCCUCAUUUGUUGAUAAGGUUCAAACUUCGACCAACUCGCUGGCUUCUACAGUAUCGCAUGCUUCUUCUUCCGAAGAAGGUUCUGCUGGACCCUAUUUGAACUUGAAGAAUUUCGGAUCAUCUGUGAGAAGAUUGUCGAUGCCGUUGGGAAAAGUGGGCCGGACAUCGCAUCGCAGAUUGUCGCAAAUGGUGACGGCGAUCGGAGAGGCGAUUGAUCAGGAGAUUAGUAUGAUUAGUGAACAGGGUACGGUAGUGUGUUAGGGUUAGGGACCUUAAGGUUAGGCUUAAGAGCUUUUGAGAGGCCUUGGGAGCUUCCAGAGGACCUUAAGGGCUUUUGAGAGGAGUUGGGAGCUCUCAAAGGACCUUAGGGCUUUCUGAGAGCCUUGGGAGCUUCCAGAGGACCUUAGGGUUGGGCUUAAGGGCUUUUAAGAGCUCCAGAAGCCUUUAGGAGCUCACAAAGGAUCUUAGGGUUAGGUUUAGGGGCUUUCUGAGAGGCCUGGAAGCUCCCAGGGGGCCUUAGGGCUUUCUGAGAGGCCUUGAGAGCUUCAAAGGGACCUUAAGCGCUUUCUGAAAGGCCUGGAAGCCUUUGGACGCUCCCAGAGGACCUUAAGGUUAGGCUUAAGGGCUUUUGAGGACCUUGGUAUCCUUUGAGAGCUCCCAAGGGACCUUAAGGUAAAGCUUGCUCGAAACCCUGGUUUUCUGGGCAUUGCUCAGAUUAGAAUUCUCUUAGAAAGCUUGAAGUCUAAUCUGAGCAAUGGUUAAUGUGAUCUUGGAACCUUAAGGUCUUAGGCUUUUCUAAAUCCUGGAAACCUUAAGGUCAUUGCUCAGAUUAAAAGGAUUGCUCAUGUUAAGCCUGAAUUUUUGUAACCUGAGCAAUGUUCAGCUGAUUUUUUGAGAAAUUCUCAAGGUCCUUAAGGCGAGGCUUAGGCUUUUCUAAAUCCUGAAAAUCUUAGGUCCAUUGCUCAGAUUAGAAGGAUUGCUCAUGUUAAGCCUGAAGUUUUUCUAACCUGAGCAAUGUUUGAGGCUUCUUUAGAGCCUGAGAGAUUGUUGAUCAAAAAUUCAAAAAUACCAAAAUAGCUAGCUUUUCCACAAAUCCCUUCGAGCUCCCGACUUAUCCGAACUCAUCCAGAUUUGGCUUAAAAUUGUGAGGUCCUAUGAAAUCAUUUCAAACAAAGUUCCUUAUUUUGUGAAGGUCUUUAAGGUCUUUAAGGUUAGGCUUAGGUAGUUUUAAGAUUUAAAGGUUUUUGAAGCAUUGCUCAUGUUAAACCUGAGCAAGUUUUCCACCCAAAACUAAAAGUUCCUUGAAAAAUACCGGAACCAAAAACUCUCCAAACUCAAAAAUCCGAUUUUUUCACGGCUCACUGGAUUUUCUUGUGUGUGUUGUGAGCUUCAUGAUAUCUUGCUCCAAGAGCAGAAAAAAUAUAAAUAAAUAUGAUGAAUCCUUGAGGAAGUAAUAUUUUUGCGAAUUUUUGAUGAGCAGAGUUCCAAAAACAAGAUUUUUUGGGGAAUUUCUCGAUUUUCAGCGCGAAAAAAUGAUCUAGAAAAUUUUUUUCCAAAAAAAAAAACUAGUAGUUCCCAUGGGGAGUCGAACCCCUGACCUUUUGACUCGAAAAAUCAAUAUUUCUAUAUCAGAAUUUUGUGCUGAAAAUCGUGGAAAUCCCUAUUUUCAGCAAUUUUCAGAUUUUCCGCGAUUUUCAGCAUAAAAUUUGGAUCUAGACCAUUAUUUAGGGAAAAUUUAACCUAAAAUUGAUUUUUUUCAAAAAUUUUUAAACAAAAUUGUUUCCCGUCUGAAAUUUUGUGCUGAAAAUCGUGGAAAUCCUUAUUUUCAGCGAAUUUCAGAGAUUCCAUGAUUUUCAGCACAAAAAAUUGAUCUAGAAAAUUUUUUUUUUCAAAAAAAAACUAGUAGUUCCCAUGGGGAAUCGAUCCCCUGACCUUCUGACCUGAAAAUUUGCAGGCGAAAAAACGUCGGCUCCCCUGUUUGGCUCAUCACUUUUGAAUCGAGAAUGGGAACUGGUCACCGUGUCGGAAAUGUGUCGACGACUCUCGUUGGAUCAGGAACUUGAGAUGCCGAUUCCAGAUGGAGCAGAGACAUCGCAGAUUUUGGAUGAGUUGAUGAUUCGACAGGUUGGUUGGUCUUGCAGGGGGAAAAUUUGCGAUUUUUUGAGCCUAGAUAAGCCACGUGGCAAAAUACUGAUGAACAUUUGUGAAUUUUUGAACCUAAAUAUGCCACGUGGCAAAAUUCUAAUGAAAAUUUGCGAUUUUUUGAACCUAAACACCCCUGGAAAUGGAUUUUUAGCUGAAAAUUCAAGAAAUUAUGCCACGUGGCAUUUUCUAGUGAACAUUUGGGCUUUUUUGACACGAAAUUUGCCACGUGGAAUUUUAACAAAUAUUUUCUGAAUUUCGAGAUGCCACGUGGCAAAUUUUGAAACUUUAGAAUUUUUAAUUAUUUUCCUUGGUCACAAGUUUUUUCUGUUCAAAAAGGAUUCUGAUGUUUUCUUAUGAAACCCGACACCAUUUUCUCUUUUUUUUGUGCUCCACGAGCUCCAAAUUUGAGCCCAAAGUGAUCUACAUCAAUUUUUUUUGCUCAUCAGCUCUAAUUUCCUCUUCUCGAAAAAAUAACAAGUUUUUCUCGCGCUUCAGAAAAAUAUGAAAAAAAAAAAUUGCGCAGGAAAUUUGAUUUUCUUUGGUGUUUUAGAUGGACAAAAGGUGUUUUGGAAGGGGAAAAAAGAAAGAUUUUUUGCUGUCUGACCUUUUUUGAGAGGAAAAAUUGACAAAAAUUCUUAAAAUGAGCAAUUCCAGCGUUUUCAGCCCAAAAAAUUGAGCUAGAAAAUGUUUUGCGAAAAAAAGUGGGGCCCAUGAGGACUUGAUCCCCUGACCUUUUGACUGGAAAAUCUAUUUUUUUAGAUAACAAUUUUGUGCUGAAAAUGCAGAAAAUGCUUAAAAUGAGCAAUUCCAGCGUUUUCAGCUAGAAAAAUUGAUCUAGAACGAUCUAAAAAUCAAAAAAUUUCCAGUCAGAAGGUCUGGGGAUCGAACCCCGAUGGGACCUACUAUUUUUUCCACGAGCGGCCCUGCCGCGAGUGUAGACCGCAAGCUUCCGCGUAGCGGCCACGCCUAGGCUCAAGUCUUAGGCCCCCCUGUCUAAGCCUAAGGCCUUGUUUAGGCCUAAGGCCCUGUUUUAAGCCUAAGGCCCUACCACGAGCGGCUCUGCCGCGAGUGUAGACUGCGAGCUUCCGCGUAGCGGCCAAGUCUAAGGCCCUACCCAAGCCUAAGGCCCUGUCUAAGCCUAAGGCACUGUCUAAGCCUAAGGCCUUGCCUAGACCUAACUAAGGCCUAACCUAAGCCUAAGGCUCCCCUAAGGCUCGAGCGGCUCUGCCGCGAGUGUAGACCGCAAGCUUCCGCGCAGCGGCACUGUCUUCCGCUUCAGCGGCCACGCCUAUGCCUACGGCCCUGACUAAGCCUAAAAGGCCCUGUCUAAGCCUAAGGCUUUGCCUAGACCUAAGGCCCGAGCGCCCUUGGUGCGAGUGUAGACCGCAAGCUUCCGCGUAGCGGCACUAUCUUCCGCGAAGCGGCCACGCCUAGGCUUGAGCCUAAGGCCCUGCUUAAGCCUAAAAAAGUUUUUUAAUUCCAGGUAAUGGAUAUACUUCCACCACGUGCCGAAGGUUAUCCAUGGGUUCAAAUUUACAAUUCCGAAAAACACGGCUUCUCAUUAUCAACAAUGUAUCGAAAAAUGGCGGAAUUCGACGAAGAUCUCUCUCCAGUUCUAUUAAUUAUUCGAGACACCAAAGAGCAUGUAUUUGGAGCUGUUGUUAGCUCGGCAAUCAAACCAUCCGAUCAUUUUACUGGAACUGGUGAUAGUUGCCUAUUGUGGAGAUUUACUGGAGAAGCACCGCAUACUAGGUGAGUUAAAAUGAGCAAUCCCAGCAUUUUUAGCGCGAAAAAUUGAUCUAGAAUUAUUUUUGUUACGAGUCACAAGGUCACUGGAUCGAUUCCCCAUGGGAACUACUAUUUUUUUCUAGAUAUUUUUUCUAGAUCAAUUUUUCAUGCUGAAAACGCUGGAAAUGCUUAAAAUGAGCAAUCCCAGCAUUUUCAGCGCGAAAAAUUGAUCUAGAAAAGUUUUCUAAAAAAAAAUUGUAGUUCCCAUGGGGAAUCGAUCCCUUAACCUUGUGGCUCGUAAUAAAAUGGUUCCUAAAUCAAAAUUUUACGCUGAAAACGAUGGAAAUGCUUAAAAUGAGCAAUCUCAGCAUUUUAAGCGCGAAAAAUUGAUCUAGAAUGAUUUUUGUUACGAGUCACAAGGUCACUGGAUCGAUUCCUCAUGGGAACUACUAUUUUUUUGAACAUAUUUUUUCUAGAUCAAAAUUUUGCGCUGAAAACGCUGGAAAUGCUUAAAAUGAGCAAUCCCAGCAUUUUCGGCGCGAAAAAUUGAAUUUUUGAUGUUUUUCCCAGCCACUCACAAAAAACUGACAUUUUUGAGUGAAAACCCUCAAAAAAUGUGUCAAUCAAUCAAAAUUUGUGAAAUUUUUGAAGUUUUGAUGAAAACUUGUGAAUUUCAGUCAAAAAUAAGUUCGAAAGCUGAUAUUCACCAUUUUCAGCCAAAUUUUGGCUGAAAUUUCAGCUAGAUCACGUGAUUUUCAGUCAAUAAUGAGUUCUAGUGCUGAAAAUGACGAUUUUCAGUCAAAUUUUCAGCCCCAAGCCCCAAUUUUGACUGAAAUUCCUGAUUUUCAGCCAAAUUUUCAGCCAAAACCAAAAUUUUGUUGCAGAGAACUUCGUCACUACACAUGGACAGGUGAUAAUCAAUAUUUUGUAAAUGCCUCAAAAAGAUUCGCUAUCGAUUGGAGCCGGAGCCGGAAGAUAUGGAUUGUGGUUAGAUGGUGAGUGCGAAAUUUGCGAUUUUUUGAGCCCGAAUAGGCCCAGGAGCCCGAAAUUUGCGAUUUUUUGAGCCCAAACAAGCCUAGGCCUAUUUAGACUCAAAAAAAUGCAAAUUUCAGGCCGAAACUAGGCCUGAAGCCUGAAAAAAGCCCAAAUUCCCCAUUUUUCAGCCGACCUCAAUCACGGAAGAUCACAAAAAUGCGAAACUUUUGACAACGAGCCGCUUUGCGGUGAAAAUGAGGAUUUCAUCAUUCAAUUCAUUGAAGCCUAUGGAUUCCGAAUGUGA